AUGGCUGAGGCAACCGCAUCCCCCGUGUCCUCCCUCCUGCCCGGGGUGCUGCUGGCGGAGCAGCAGCUCCAUCAACCCGCUGGGCACCGGCCGUGCCCCAGCCCGCGGCCCGCAGGGGCCUUGGAGAGAGAGGCCGCUCCGCGGAGCCGGCAGCCCCCAAGGGCAGCGCCUGCCGCGUAUCGUUUGUGUGCCGUCCCUGCGGUCAGGCUGACCCCGAGCGGGGCACACAGGGAGCCGCAGACCUUGCCCAGGGGCCCCGCACCGCCCCCGGCCGUCCCCUCACCGCGGCUCCAAGGGCAGAGCGGCCGCUCCGGCCCCGCUCGGCUCCGUUGCUCACCAUGGCAACGCCCGCGCCGCGGCUCCUCGGGGACGGGCCCGCGGCUCCUCGGGGACGGCGCCCGCGGCUCCUCGGGGACGGGGCCCGCGGCUCCUCGGGGACGGGGCCCGCGGCUCCUCGGGGACGGGGCCCGCGGCUCCUCGGGGACGAGCCCGCGGCUCCUCGGGGACGGGGCCCGCGGCUCCUCGGGCUCCUCGGGGACGGCGCCCGCGGCUCUUCGAGACGGGCACGCGGCUCCUCGGGGACGGCCCCGCGGCUCCUCGGCACGGAACCUGCGGUCACCGGGGCCCUCCCAGACCUUCUGCCACAGCCCCCGGUCGCGGAGGUUCCCCGGGACCCCUGCGCUGCCCCAGCCCCGGCGCCUGUCCCGGCCCGGCCGCCGGCACCGUGUCCCGGGCCCGCUGGGAGAAGGGGACAGAGCGGAGCAAAGCAGGGGACAGCGGCCGGCCCUGCCCGCCACCACGGCUGAGCUGUCGCCCUCCGAGACCCGCUCCGAAACUCACGAGUUCGGCUCUCUUAAAAUUAAAGCCACCCCCAGUGAUCCUUUGUUGCAGAGGCACUUACCCAAAAGCUGGCACCAAGGGAUAGACAGGAUUGUGAGAUGUUUGCUGCUGCUCUCUGUGCUCUGCCUGGCUGGCUGUGAAGGCAACAAGAGUGAGCUGGCCAGCACCCAUGGCCCGAGGUCAGGGGUUGCCCUCCGUGUCAAGAGGAGCCCAGAUGCCUGCCUGCCCAACCCGUGCCAGCACCAGGGGCAGUGCCAGGUGCCUGUGGACAGACCAGUUUGCAGCUGCAAGCCAGGCUUCACAGGGGAAUUCUGCCAAGAUGUGGUGCUGAAGCUGGCCUGUGAGGAAGAGCACAUGAAGAUGAUGGUGAGGAAGGAGGUGUUUGAGCUCUUGAAAAUCCCACUGGAGCUUGUCCACUUGAAGAACCAGGCAUGCAAGGUCUCAGAGAAGGAAGAAGAGGGUGAGCUGUUUUUUGCAGCCAUUCUCACAGGUGAAAACCACACUGCCUGUGGAUCAGUAAUCCAGCAAAACAGCUCCCAUGUCUCGUACUCCAACGCCAUCGAGUCGGAGCAGGAGGCCCCCAGGGCCACCAUCUCCCGCAGUUUUCAGCUGGAGGUGCACUUCUCCUGCAUCUACGCCUACCAGCAGGUGGUGAGACUGCCCUUCGCUCUCACUGCUGUUGACAAGCUGGUACAGCUUGUGGUCAGAGAAGGACACUUCAAUGUCAGCAUGAGACUCUACAAAUCCCCCUCCUACCUCGAGCCUUAUCACCUGCCAAGUGUGGCCGUGCCCCUCACGGACACCCUCUAUGUCCUGCUGAAGAUGGAAGGGCAGCACCAGCUCAAGUACUUCCUGCUGAGUGUUCUGGACUGCUGGGCCACGCCGAGCACAGAUCCACACCAGGACACACAGCACAAGCUCAUUGAGCAGGGGUGUCCCCAUGACGAGACAGUGACCUAUCUGAAUGCCAUUGGGGAGAGCACCACUGCCAAGUUCAGCUUCCAGAUGUUUCAGUUUGUUGGUUACCCUGAGAUGUUCCUGCACUGCCGUGUGCAGCUCUGUGUUCCUGACAGCCCAGAGCCCUGUGCCAAGCAAUGCCCCAGGCACUGGAGGAGCAGGCGGGCACUGGCAGAUGACUACAACAGGAUUGUCUCCUACGGGCCCAUCCUCCUGCUGGCUGCUCCUUCCUCAGGAGCAGAGAUCCACCAUUCCAGCAGUGACCAGCAGGACCCAGCGGGACCCAGCCCGUGGCUCUCCAGGGCCCUCGUCCUGCUGGGUGUGCUUGCUGUGCUCGCUGUGGCUGCUGUGGCCGUCAGCGUGGGGCGGAGGAUGGGUUAG